AUGACGAGAUGGAUAAAUUCCAAGAUAGAAGAAGAAAUUACAGACUUACGUCAAGAUUUGCUGGAUGGUUUAGUAUUAGUCAAACUAAUCAAUAAAAUAGUUGAGGAGAUAGCGGAUAAGAAUCCCCACGCUAAGUUAUACUGUUUGCACCCAGUAUACAAGAAGCCAACCUUUAAGCUCCAGAAAUACGAAAACGUUAAUGACUUUCUUCAGUUCGUUCAAGUUGUGCUAAAAAUCAAUAUCUGCAAUAUUAGUGCUGAUAAUAUAAUCGAGGGAAAUCUCAAACUUAUCUUGGGACUUAUAUGGUCGAUUUUUGUUUUCACUACUACUAAUUCCAUGCCAAGUUCAAGUGAUGGAACUUCAUUUGUCAAGGUGAAGCAGAUUCUUUUGGAGUGGGUGAAUUUAAUUGUUCGUAAGAAGGGUCUAAACCAGGUAACCAAUUUUGAUAGAGACUGGUCGUUGGAGAUAAAUAGACCAGAUUUGAUAUUUCUUGGUAUUUUGGACUACUACUUACCAAUAGAAAUACCUAUAGAGCCUUAUUCUAAAAGGCUACAGAACAUGAACAAGGUUUUUGAAGUAGCGAAAACCUUGGGCAUACCGCAGUUGGCAGAUUCAGAAGAUUUUUCUUUGUUUGUUCCUGAAGAAAAGUGUAUCGUGACAUACGUUUUGGAAUGGUUUAAAGUAUUUCAAUUGGACUCUAAGUUUGACUUUUCAACACACAUCAACACGGAAAAUGAUAAAAUAUCUGAAUUAGAGAAAGAUAUUCUUGAAAAUACUUUGUCCGAAAAACCACAGGAACCAUGUGUCCAUGUUCCCAAUAUGGAUGCCUUGGAUACAGAUAAGAAUAAAGUUUUCUUUGAUAGAUUUAUUGAAACGAUAGUUGACUGUGUUAGACAGAAAAAAAAAUAUGAAAAUAAAUCCUUAUUUUUAUGUAAUCGGACUAACAUGAUGAUUUCAAAGAUUAUUAGAAACUCAUAUUACUUUAACGAUUUUUCUAUCGACUAUCUUAUCGAUUCUUUAGAUGAAUUUUUUACAAUGUUUUCUAACGCUUAUAACUGCAUGGAUGGAAGUUUCAGAUAUAAUUUAGAAAAGGCACUUGAUAGAUUUGCAACAAUAAAAAUAAAAUUCAAAAUAUUGAUUGAAAUUUUGGAAGAAUUUGAAAGCUAUAGGUCUUUAACAAAAUCCACGUUGAUGUAUACCAGCUUGCCUGAAUUAAAGAAUAUAUACAUGGGUAUACAGAAUAGCUUAAACGCGGUAGGUAUAACUACAAGGUAUCAACCACUGCCAAAUUUGUCACUAUUGUCUUGUGUUAAUAAGGUUUCUGAAUUGACUGGAUCAAACGAAGAAUAUUUUGUGAACUCAGCCAACGAAGGUAUUAACAAAUUACGUAACUCACCUCUAAAACGGAUUAAUGAUUAUUUAAAAAUUGUUGAAAAGAAUCUCAAUGACGAUGGACAAAGCGACAUGCAUAGGGCUCAAAGACCGAUGAUCGUUCUCAGCUUGGAUUCGAUUGACUAUUUAAUCAAUAUAUCGCAUAAAUUGGAUUAUUUCGCUAGAAAUUUGGAAAUAAACCAAUCAACUUCUGGUUUGAAAUCAUUAUUAGAAUCAUCCAUCGAAAUUCACCCGACUCUAAAGGAAACAAAUUAUAAUUUAUAUAAGGGGUUCAAAUCCUUGAUUACAAGUAAUAGAACCCUUUUAUCAGAAGCGGAACUAACAAAUCUUUUGCAUUCCUCAGUAAGCCGUGAAUUCAUGCAUCAUAAAUCUACUCAUGUCGAAGCAUUUAUGAAACUUAUCCCAAAUAUUGAUUUGGGUACCGAUAGAAGUGACGUUAGCUUUGCUAUACUGUACACUUCAGAUGAAAGCGAUGAUAACAACUCCUUGUUUGAUGGAUUACAGAAAAAUAAACACGCCGAUGAUAGAGCUUAUGAUAUAGGUAGCUUUAUAGAAAAAGUCGACAAUGGGUUUCGCAUUUAA